AUGGGUAUGGGAUGGAGAGUUCUGAACGAUGUGAAGCCAUACCUAGCGAUGGUGCUGCUGCAGGUGGGGUUCGCCGGGAUGAACAUCGUUGCCGUGUCGUCCCUCAAGGCCGGGAUGAGCCACUUCGUCCUCGUCGUCUACCGUAACAUCGUCGCCACCGCCUUCAUGGCGCCCUUCGCCCUCUAUUUCGAGAGGGAACGGAGGCCAAAGAUGACAACCACCAUCUUCAUAAAGAUUAUGUGGCUCGCAUUUCUCGAGCCGGUGCUCGACCAGAACCUGUAUUUCAUGGGCGCGAAGCUGACCUCGGCGGGGUUCGCGACGGCGCUCCUCAACACCCUCCCAGCCGUCACCUUCGUGCUGGCCCUCAUCCUGCGCAUGGAGAAGGUGCGGCUGCGGAGCCUGCACAGCCAGGCCAAGAUCGCUGGCACAGUCCUCGCGGUGGCCGGCGCCGUGCUGAUGGUUCUGUACCACGGCCCUGUCGUGCGGUUCCCGUGGACUAGUGGCCAUCACCACGCCACCAUCGGUGGCCAGGUUGCCGCCGCGCGGGACUGGCUGAUCGGGACCGUAAUGCUCAUCGCCUCCUGCAUGAUCUGGCCGGGCUUCUUCAUCCUCCAGGCCAACACGCUCGGGAGCUACCCGGCGGAGCUGUCUCUCACGGCGCUCAUCUGCAGCAUGGGCUCGCUGAUGAGCGGCGCCGUCGCCCUCGUUGCUGAGCGCGCCGACACCCAGGUCUGGGUUGUCGGCUUCGAUAGCCGCCUCUUGACCGUCGUCUACGCCGGCAUAGUGUGCUCCGGCGUGGCGUACUACUUGCAGGGCGUCGUGUCAAGGCAAAGGGGCCCGGUGUUCGUGACGGCCUUCAGCCCGCUCAGCAUGAUCAUAACCGCCGUCAUGGGCUCCAUCAUUCUCAAAGAGGAGAUCACUCUCGGAAGUGUGAUUGGUGCAGUGAUCAUCGUGACAGGCCUCUACUUUAUCAUCUGGGGCAAGAGCAAGGACGACAUCAGCCCCAGUCAAGUCUCCGACGUCAGCGUCAAGGGAGCCGGUGAACUGCCCUUAACCUCGGUGACCAACGGCCACGGCAAGCAGUACGAGCUCGGCAACGGCAACGGCAACGGCGGCCAUGUCGACGUCGAGACGCCCACGACCAAUGGGCACUACUUGCCAAGGGAUCGUGCUAUAGUACGUCCUUUAGUUGUCCAUCUAGCUUUUCCCCUUGUACUGCAUAGUCCAUCGAUCGAUCAUGCAUGGAGACGAUUUUUCUCUCUCUACUUUCUUCUUGCCAGCUUCUCCGUAGCUACGAUCUUAUCAUGUGACUAUGUGAGAGUUAUGUCUUCCUCCUCCUCCCCCCUCGCCAUGGCCACGCCCUCUAUCGCCUCCCUCGGCCACACCAUCACGGAGAAGCUUACCCGUGAAAACUUCUUGGUGUGGAAGGCGCAAGUUCUUCCACACGUCAGGGCUGCGGCGAUGAUGGGUUACCUCGACGGCUCGACCAAGGAACCUGUCUCCAACCACACCACGGCUACGGGCAUCUGGCAAGCCCUUGUUGAGAGCUUCUCUGCGCAAUCCAGGGCGCGCCAGAUCCAGCUCUGA